CCAUAACCCAUUCAUUCAUAAUUCAUUCGUUCAUUUUUAAAUUUCGUUCCUCCCCUCAAAUUCUCACACCCAAGAGUGAACUGAGAAGAGAAGAAGAGAGGGGAAGAGGGAAAAAAAAGAAAAAAAAAAAGAAAAGAGAAGAAACCCUAAACGACAUCGAAAAUGGCCGUUUCGAGUUGCAGCAAGGUUUUCUCUUCUGCCUCGUUUGAAUGCCGUUCGGAUCCCGAUUUCUCUGCUCCUCCGCCGAGGUUCGAGAACCUUCGCUCACGAUGCCGCCUCGAAACGGCGUCGUUUUCGGAUGCCGCUGCCUCCGCCACCCCGAUCUCCCUCUCCCCCGCCGAGGUCGCCGGCGACGAGGACGUUGUCGUCGUUGCCGCCGCCGAGGAGGAGGAAGAUGGAAACGGGACUGUACAGUUUAAGGGUUCCGUUGACACUUUUUCUUAUUCUUCGUUAACAGAUGCAAGCAAAACCAUUCAUGCCGCUGAAAGGUUAGGUCGGGGCAUUGUGACUGAUGCUAUUACGACCCCUGUAGUGAACACUUCUGCAUACUUCUUUAAGAAAACCGCUGAUCUCAUUGAUUUCAAGGAAAAACGCCAAGUUAGUUUUGAAUAUGGACGCUAUGGAAACCCAACUACUGUGGUUUUGGAGGAGAAGAUAAGUGCACUGGAAGGUGCUGAAUCAACUUUGAUCAUGGCAUCAGGCAUGUGUGCCAGCACAGUCCUGCUGAUGGCACUGGUGCCGGCUGGUGGACAUCUGGUGACCACCACAGAUUGCUACAGGAAGACUAGGAUUUUCAUUGAAACCAUCCUUCCAAAGAUGGGAAUUUCUGCUACCAUAAUUGAUCCUGCUGAUGUUGGUGCCUUGGAAUCUGCAUUGGAACAGCACAAUGUUUCAUUGUUCUUCACCGAGUCUCCUACAAAUCCAUUCCUCAGAUGUGUUGAUAUUAAGUUGGUUUCAGAGCUCUGCCACAAAAAAGGUGCUCUGGUCUGCAUUGAUGGUACGUUUGCCACACCGUUGAACCAGAAGGCCCUUGCCCUUGGAGCUGAUCUUGUGGUGCACUCUGCAACUAAGUACAUUGCUGGACAUAAUGAUGUCCUUGGUGGUUGCAUAAGUGGUCCAGAUAAGUUGGUUUCACAAAUUCGUAAUUUGCAUCAUGUUUUGGGUGGUACUCUUAAUCCGAAUGCUGCAUACCUAAUCAUUAGAGGCAUGAAAACGCUGCAUCUUCGUGUACAGCAACAGAAUUCAACAGGGUUGAGGAUGGCCAAAAUUUUAGAGGCACAUCCCAAGGUGAAGCGUGUCUACUAUCCAGGCUUGCCAAGUCAUCCCGAACACGAGCUUGCUAAAAGGCAGAUGACUGGAUUUGGUGGUGUUGUCAGUUUUGAGAUUGAUGGGGACCUAAUGACCACCAUAAAGUUUGUUGAUUCGCUGAAAAUUCCAUAUAUAGCUCCAUCCUUCGGUGGCUGUGAGAGCAUUGUGGAUCAACCUGCUAUCAUGUCUUACUGGGAUCUUCCUCAAUCUGAAAGGGCUAAGUAUGGGAUUCAUGACAACUUGGUUCGGUUCAGCUUUGGAGUCGAAGACUUUGAAGAUUUGAAGGAUGAUAUCCUGCAGGCUCUGGAAGCCAUAUAGAGACCUGGUCAUACCAUCUUCACCUACCCAUUUUGGAGUGUCUCUUUUCUUCUCUGUUCCUUUUUGUUAUCAUUAGUAUGGCGAGUCAAUUGAUUUUGAUCACUGAAUGUUCUGUUUGCCUUGUGUUUUUUUCCUAUGUAGGGUAUAUUAUUACCAUCUAAUUUGAGUGGGUGUUGUAGUGAGUUGCUUAAACCUCAUGUGUUUCCUCAUUAUUAAAAAUAAAUUCUUUGGACGGAGGUUAUAAAUCAAA